AUGAGGGAUAUGUUGGGACGACCGCUAUUCAAAUUCUUCCGUUCCUCGACAGCGACCACUGCGCCGCCAUCCUCAUCCACCGAAUACCGGCAGUUAAAAGAGGAGGAAGACGAUGGAAGACAGAAGCACAGCACUCGCAGUACAUCUGACCCCAUAUGCAUACCUAAAAUCAGGAAAGAACGUAGUUCAAGUGAUAAUGCCAUCUGUGAUCAUGAAUACAUGCUGGUGGAUAUCAAUCAAAGGUUAUGUAAGAGCGCUGAUAUGGAAAAGCAUUUACACGAUGCAAAUAUGGAUCAGUUGGAUCGAAUUCCGGUUGAUUUUUCUGCCCCGUCAGGUCCAACAAUUAUAACUGAUCCGGAUGAAGUUGAAUCAGCAGACUUAUAUGAACCCGUUGGUAUGCUAAUGAGAUAUUUAACAGUAACAUUUCAUUAUUUAAGAGAGAUACUGAUGUGCGGUGAAUCUCGGGCCGUUUAUGAGAAUCAUUCCAAAAUUUACGGUCUUGCGUCGUACUCGAUGUAUCGUGCCGAGCGUUGGUUUCAUCACAAUGCUGAUAAAAGUAAAGUUGAGAGAAUGUUGUUAAGGACGGGAGGAGAAGAUGGUUCAUUUUUGGUGCGAGUUAAUGAGCGGAAUUGUCUAAUACUUACAAUGUGCCAUCAUCAGAAGAUUUACAACAUUUGUAUCAGUGUUAAAGUUGAAGGACAUAAAACAAAAUUUUUCAUUGAAAUACAACAUCAAUUUUCCAACCUGAUAGAUUUGAUUAAAUAUUACGCCGAGCACCAAGGACUCUUGCUACCAUGUAAACUCACCAGAGGUGUGGCGCUUCGAUGGCCUGAUUCCACAAAGAGAGGUGCAACAAAUCGGUUAUUUGUUGAGGAAGAUUAUUAA